AUGAGCAUGGAACCAUCGUCAUGGGUGGUACCUUGCUACUCGGGCUGGUCCAUGGAAGAAGCAGCUCUGUGGAAUAGUGAAGAUAGGAUUAGCUUCCAAACAUCCUUGCCUAGCCAUAGUGAUAGCGUGCAGCUGCAGAUGGUUGAGUAUGCAGCCCCAGCCACACCCACACCCACACAGGAUAAUGACUGUAGUGAUCCGACGAUCCAGGUGUUCAAGGAAGUAGUGCAAUCGUUCCAUACUGACUAUUUGGACAGUAUGGAACGGAAGAUGCACAAGAUCCCUCCAAGCCUGAUAGGUGUUGGCACAUGGUACAUCCAACCGGUGACUGUGGCCAUCGGCCCUUACCACCAUGGUCUUCGUCCCGGCUUGCUGGAGGCGGAGAGGGUGAAGCAUGUGGCUGCGACCCAAUGCAUCACGGACUCGGGUCGCCCAGUCCAGGAGAUGUAUGAUGCCGUCUUCGCCGUGUCCGCCGACGCCCACAGCCUCUACUACCCGGACGAGUUGGCGAGAUUCCGCGACGACGACUUUUUGCCAAUGAUGUUCCUUGAUGGUUGCUUCUUGGUGCAGUUCAUGCGUUGCUAUGGCGACGACGUCGACGGCAUGGAUGAGGCGCUGAACAGAUAUUUCUGCGCCAACUACGAGCGCAUCUACACCGACAUCAUGAUGCUUGAGAACCAGAUCCCCUGGGUGGUGGUUCAAAAUAUCUUGAAGUUCAUGCCAGAGCCCUCGCUCUGGGAGGACUUCGUCGCUGCGAUGAGAGCCGGCAUGAAAAACCAAAUGAAUUCUAAGAAAGUCCCACCCAUUGAUGUAGUUCCUACCUAUGAACCGCCACAUCUCCUCGGCCUUGUCCGGUUCUACAUCGUGGGGAACAACGACGACAUCAAAGUCGAUCGCCCCACCGCUCCGGGCGGAGACAAGCCCAUGUCAUUAUCCAUCAGCGUUGCCGAGCUUGCCGACGUCGGUAUCACAAUCGUACCCGAGACAGAAAAGACAGGGUUAGUGCACAUGACCCUCGAAAAGAAAAGGUUAGUGCACAGGCGCCUCGGCGGGAAAAAGUUUGGCUUCUUAUUUGGCGAUCUCCGCGUGCCACCCCUGUUCCCAACCGACGCAAAUGCGACUUGGCUCGUCAACAUGGCGGCCUUCGAGUUAUGCAAGACCCCAGAUUUCGAAGGUGCUGAUGUUAAAGAUGAAGAUUCGGCUGUCUGCUCCUACCUCCACCUCUUCGCCAUGCUGCUGGACCAGGACGAACACGUGCAUGACCUGCGGAAAACAAAGGUUAUCGAAGGAGGAGGACUCACCAGCAAGGAGAUGCUCGAAUUAUUCACUGGAAUUGGCAAGAACAUGCGCCUCGGAAAGUGCUACCUCGACAUAAUAAUAGAGAUCGAGAAGUUCAAGCAGAGGAGGUCAAUUUGGCUCAAGUUGUAUCUCUUCUUUAUCAAGCACUGGACUAAAAUCAUGGCGGUGGUCACGGUCCUUGGUGCAGUUAUCGGCAUCUUGUCGUCGCUCCAAGCUCUCAAGCCAAGCUAAGACAUACCGGACCUGAUUGUACUAGCAUUAGCUUGCAUGUUCUACUUAUAUGCCUCUUACUAUCCGCAUUGUAAAAUUCCUUGUAUCUCAAUCCAAUUUCAAGUGAAAUUCAUUGUAUCUGUAUCAUGAAAACAUCAAGCAAUUAGCAUCAAUUAUU